AUGGCUUCCCGCGACCUAGUUACCCUUACCUACCACAAGCCCGGAACCCAGCCUCCCAUCUACGUGGCUGGCUCCUUUUCAGACCCAUCAUGGCAGCCUAUAGAGAUGGAUUAUGAUGCCAAGAACGGCGAAUACUUCUUCACCAAAGGAGUCGAGGUCGGCAGAGGCAUCGACGUCCAUUACAAGUUUCGAAUAGGUCAUGGAGACUGGUGGGCUCUCGAUCCCGAGACCGAGACAGUCACCGAUAGCCAAGGCAACGUCAACCACGUCAUUAGACUGCCAGCCGACGAUGCUGGGCCCGAUAACUGCGACGAGAGUUGCCCAAUGUUCAGCUACGAAACCUUCGAAGCGUCUGACAUGGACAAGGCUCACGCGAGCCACCCACCGCAGCAUAAUCAUCAUGCGAGCCAUCCACAGCAGGAUAACGAAGUGGAACUCGACUAUGACUAUCCUGAGGAGCAUUUCUCAUCGAACCGCGACUCUAUAAUGGCUGCAGUACGUCGGUUGUCAGCCAGCAUAGAGCAAAACCAGCCAAACGAAGAGCAUGACCAGGGUGUAGCAGGAGAACAGUCUGGCGCUGCAGGAUCUAGGGUCUCACUGCAGUCCAUUGCCGAGGAUGAAGAAGCCGACUUGGAUGAGGGCAUUGCUAUGAGCAUUAGCCCCAAAAAGGCACAGAAAGCCCGCGAUGAGCCCAUCAAAUCCCUAACCACGCCCACCGAUGCAGCCUCAUCCACCGAUGGAGCCUAUGAGGUUCCAUCGCCGUCCACUGAUGCCAGCGAAAUGAACCUGCGCAAACGCACAAAGGACAACCGCCCCAUCACUCCGGCCUCGAACCAUUCCCUCCACGAAGCCCACAAGGACGGCCACUGGUUACAAACCUUCAUCCGGACCAUAUUCGUCGAUUGGAUAGGAGGCUUUGUGAUGUGGCUCUGUGGUAGCAACAACAGGGCGUAA